CAUUAACAAGUUGUUAGGACAUGAACUCAGGAGAAUAGUUGUUGACACCACGCAUUCUUCUGCAUAAAGAUCCCGGUUCCCAGGCCAGUGAGGUGUGCUGCUGUCCAAACAGGACGAGGUGUAAAGUCCUCGCGCCUCACAGCUGCCCGGCACACUUCUGCAGCAGCACAGCAGGGGAUCAGACCCGACAUCAGGAAGGAAGAGUAGCAGGAGCUAAACAACUGCAACAUCAGCUGCAGCGUCUCAUGACGCGACGCAUGGAUGACGAACCUGUGCUGGGCUCAUCAGCGCCGUAGCAACAGCAGCUAGAGAUGAUGUCGUGAGGAUGUGCAGUGUGUGUUUCCCAGUGUUUGAGGGGCCGGAGCGUGUUGGAUGUCAUGGCUGCGUCCCAGCACAGCCAAUGACUGGCAGAGACCCGUUCCCGGGCAGCAGGAGCGCGUCGUGUGAAUUGUCUGCUUUCUGACGCCAAGUCGCACCUUUCCCCGCAGCUGCGCCGUUUCCCACGAGACCCCCUGCUCUAGGUGUCGGGCCCGGUCCCAGAGCUCCUCAGGACCCGAGGGGGCUGCUGGAGGUGCAACCUCACACCUCCCACCGCAUAUAUGGAGCAGCCUCCCAGGUCCUCCUCACUCCCCUUGGACUGCCCAGCCAGCAGCGCCGCUCACGGACCAGCCCUCCAGCAGCAGCUAUGGAAGCCACCUACAGCCGUCCCCUCCAGCUCCAGGACGACGCCUUCCUCCUCCACUCCCUCCUGGAGAAGGCCCGCGACCCGGCCUCGGACCCCGGCUACUUCAGCGCCGCCAGCAGCCUGUCUCCCACCUCCUCCGUGGACUCCUUCUGCUUCUCCCCCGUCUCCCUCCACUCUGCUGGAGGCGAACAGGACGCCUUGGAGAGUUUCAUUUUCGACGGCGCCGCCGCGUCUCUCCCCGGCGCCGACACGCAGGUCCAGAGCGGUUCCUGCUCCAGAUCCUCCGCUCCAAAGAAGUCCCGCUCCAGGUAUCCGGGGAAGAAGCGCCAGACGGCCAGUGAGAGGGAAAAGCUGAGGAUGAGGGAUCUGACCAAGGCGCUGCAUCACCUGAGGACCUACCUGCCGCCAUCUGUGGCGCCCGCGGGACAGACUCUGACCAAGAUCGACACGCUGCGCCUCGCCAUCCGCUACAUCUCCUGCCUGUCGGAGCAGCUGGGCCUCAGCGAGGAGGCGCUGGAGCAGAGGAGGUCCUCGGGCCUCGCUCGGCCGCCUCAGACGCUCAACCAGUUCCUGGGUCAGCCGACCGUGGGCUACAGCCUCCAGGAGUCAAGCUGUAGCACCCAGCUUCCCCCUCAGCAGCAUUUAUACCAGGUAGGUUCCAACCAGCCAACAGUGUCAAGCGACGUUUGCUUCGGCAGCGAGCAGCAUUGGUUGCCGCAGCAACCGGCCCUCGGCGCCAUCUUUCGCGGACAGUGCUGA